GUUUGGUCAAAACCAUCUGCUAUCCGGGCCAACCAUUUUGCACACGAAUACCGGAUAUAGCAGCCCGCCUGCUUGAAUCUGGUUUAAACGUGGGAAGUGAGCACAUGAGGAGGCCCCCUAACCCUGCUUCUCGCCUCCCGCUUGUGUUCCUCCAAGGUUGCAACAUGGAAAGACUUGGGCAUCGAGCUAUGGACGGCGGCACACCUGGUGUCUUUUCUUACCAACUUCCUACCAUGAGCGAGUCACUGGAAGAAGCCGACCGGUACGCACUUUGUGCGCUGUGGCUCGAAGGGGGCAUUGAAUGCCCUAGGCUCAAUGAGCAGCAUGCCUGUUUCCGAAUGUACCUGGGUGACACCAAACUAUGCUAUGCUCCUCUGGAGCAACUCGAGCCUCGCAGAAUCCUCGAACUUGGGUG